AAAAAGAAGCCCUUCUGGGCUGGCAUCCAGGUGCUGAGCUGCUGAGCUUCAAGAGGCGUGGCCCGUAGAAGAGGUUGUAAUACCCCACCCCGUCCGCCUACUCAUAUUUAGCUUCAUCUUCUAGACACUGACGGUAGCAGGACGUGCCCAAAGGAGGUGGAGAGGAGCCAAAACACAGCAAUGGAGUCCUACCUUCUAAUCCAAACCUGUGUCCUUCUGUGGGUGUUCACGUUCUCCUCAAAAGGUGCCUUGGCUUUGGAGUGCCACAGCUGCGUGGACAUCGGCAAUGGGGGCUGUGACCCAGAAAAUAUGAAGAAAAUGAAAUGCCCAGAAUCCACUAAGGUCUGUGUGGAAACGGUGGCUGCUGUUCAGUGGAGUCACGGGAAUUUCUCGAUUGGCGAAAAGGGCUGCGGCCUGGGCAUGCCUGGGCAAAACGACAAAGGGGUUGAGCUGUAUGGCAUCGUGGCCUAUUCUCAGCUGUAUCAGUGCAACAGCAGCCUCUGUAAUAAUAAACAGGAUCUCAGAGCUAUGCAGCUGCAAGCCACUGGUAACGAGAGUGCAGUAGUUCCAAACGGGGUGGAAUGUUACAGCUGCAGCGGCGAUGAGUGUUUAACAGAUAACACUACCAUCGUCAAGUGCUACGACUCUUUCCGGGGUUGUUUCCAUGGCAACGUUACUAUGAGAGCCGGCAAGUUCUCAUUGACCAAGCCCAUCAAGGGUUGUGUUAAGGAUGAGGAAUGUACCAAGGUCACAAGAGGAAGCCCAGCCAUCACCCUUGUGGGUUCUUGUUGCUCUGGUAACCUUUGCAAUGUCGACCUCUCCAACAAAACUUACUUCGCUCCCAAGAUUCCCCAGCUUGAAAUCCUGCCUGAUCAAAGCGCCAAUGUCACCACCGCAAAAGCUACUUCUGGGUACAUGCAGGACAGUCUGCCAGCUCCUACUUCCACCAACAAGGGAAACCCCUCCAUUUCUGUGACUCCAUCACUGCAUGCUCAUGCUCAUGAUGGCCACGAUCAUGACCACGACCACGAUCAUGACCACGAUCACACCUACAAUCGUGACACUGAGGAUAAAGAAACCUUCUCAGUGGGAAAUGAGCAUUUUCUCAAUGCUGUAAAAGUCGAGGAGCGGAAGCACCAAGAACAAAUGCCAUACAAUAGUGGUGUGGAAGUCUUCGGGGGGCCGUUUUUGUUGACCUUGCUGCUUGCUGGGUUGCUUAUGUGAGGGGAACACCAAAUAAAUCGACCUCGUUUCUCACAGUUCCGUUCCAACCAAAUUCAUGUUGCUAUGACUUUUCCCCACUCAAAUUAGGCUUUGGCCUACACGAACUGGGCGUCUUGUUUUGAAACCUGCAUUUUGACCUAUAAUUGGGGUGGGGGGCACAAGUUCUACACCACACAUUUUGCCUGUCAGAAGUUUGUUUUCAUUUGAGUGCAUCUACUGCCUUGUUUUCAUGGCCGCUGUCUCACAGCACCAUGGGAUUUGGUAUCAUUUGGUAUCAUCCCAACAAGGCAGAACAUAAACACUAUGUUUAACAAACCUUAGCUUUGAUGUUAUGAAGCCCUGUCAAAUUCCUUUCAUACAUGGGCAUCUGUGUGGGCUCUUUUUCAAACAUCAUUACACUUGGCACCAACGCACCAGUUGCCAUUUUGUUCCCAUCCUUCUAGAUGGAUUGUUUUUGGUGUAGCUUAUCAGAUUAGUUUUCCCUCAACUUUGAGAUCUUGACCUGUAUCAAGUUAAAAUUUUAGAGGGCAUAUAAUGUAGGAUUUUUGGCUUUUGGCGACUGAGAAAGGGCUCCUAGGUGGCUUCUGAUGGCUAGGCAUAUCCAGAUGUUCUAUUAGAUGGUCUGAUGGACCACCAGUUCACUUUGGAAUGAAUGAGAAGGCUUUUGAAUCCAGAGUAUAACAUAGAAAUGUUCUAGGGAGCACUGUCUCCUUCACAAUCCCUCCAAACAUUAGCAGGCAAGCCCUGGUUGCCAACCAAAUGCCAACUUGAUCUGUCUCUGACACUUUAUCAAGAAAAGAGCAUGCUGGUGACUCUUACUUUGGUUCCACAAUAUUACGGAAACCACUGCUAGUGAGAAUUACAACUAAACCAAUACAUACAUGUUGUUCCUUUUUUUAAAAAAAACUCAUAUUUUAUCUAUGCUGGUAUUUGAGUAUCAAAGGCAUGGAUAGCCCCCCCCCAUGAUAUAGCAAGGCCCAGAAACAAAAAGGUAAACAUAACACUAAUCUAAAAAAAAAUGUUUGCAGAACAAUGACGUCUUGGUGACUUUGCCUCAUGGAGAAUUUUUGGGAAAUUACAUGCAAAAUUUACAUUUGCCUACCAUCUAGGAUGCACAGGGUCAUGUCCAGUUUAGAAACGAAAUAAAAUAUUCCAAGUAUUUGAGGAACUUUCAAAACAUUUGAUAAUUGGUUCGUGAUCCCUCCUAAAAUUUAACUUCUGGAAUCAAAAUUCGGUGGAAUUCUGGAAUUGAAAAAAAAAUCAAUGUUUUGUUUCUUGCCUGUUUUAAAGGGGAUGUUUCCUAACUGGUUAAGCGAAUGAAUGUAGUGAUAAAAAUUUUGCUAACUCAGUCACGAGUUUUCUUCUGCAUGCUAUCAAGUAUCAUCUGUGACUGUACAUCGUCUCUCACAUACCAUCAAAUAUGGACCUGUUUUUCCAGGCAGUUGAAAAUGUAGGUGCUCCUUGACAUUUUUUGUAAAUAGUUUCAGAUCCAACUGUUGCUGAGAUUGAAAAUAACAGGGGAACCCUGACUAAAGAGCAAAUAAAAGUUAUUUAUCUUGGCUGAA